CUUCAUAUAUAUUCAUCAUCCUCUUCAGACCAAACCCAUAAUGAAAAUGUCAAUUUGGAAUUGGGGUUUCCUUACUUUUGUGUUAAUUUCACUUCAUUCUAGUGUAACUUUAUGUAACACGGACCCAACUACUCAACAGAGGUUGGAUCAAGUUACGAGCCUGCCUGGUCAAAAUUUCAACGUUGACUUUUCUCAUUAUGCUGGAUAUGUAACUGUUAAUGAAGAAUCUGGAAGAGCUUUGUUUUAUUGGCUCACUCAGGCUAUUGAGGAUUCUGCUUCAAAACCUCUUGUUCUUUGGCUCAAUGGAGGGCCUGGAUGUUCAUCAAUUGCAUAUGGUAUGGCUGAAGAAGUGGGCCCAUUUCAUGUCAAUAAAGAUGGAAAGUCUGUUUACUUGAAUCCAUAUUCUUGGAACACAGUGGCAAAUUUAUUGUUUCUUGACUCACCUGUUGGAGUUGGCUAUUCUUACUCGAAUACCUCUUCUGAUAUUACAAGCAAUGGCGAUAAAAGAACUGCCGAGGAUGCACUUCAAUUUCUGUUGAAUUGGCUCGAACGUUUCCCUGAGUAUAAAGGAAGGGAUUUCUAUUUAACAGGCGAGAGCUAUGCAGGACAUUAUGUUCCUCAACUAAGCCAAGCCAUUGUGAGAUAUAACAAAGCAAACCCAGGAAGUCCCAUUAAUAUCAAGGGUUACAUGGUGGGGAACGCCCUAACGGAUGAUUAUAGUGAUCAUGUUGGACUUUUCCAAUUUUUGUGGGCUGCUGGUCUGAUUUCUGACCAAACUUACAAGAAAUCAAACGAAUUAUGUAACAAAGAAUCGUUUAUCCACCCCUCGCGUGCGUGUGAGGAGAUAACUGAUAUUGCUAAUCAAGAAAUGGGUAAUAUUGAUCCUUAUAGCAUCUUUACUCCUGCUUGCACUGCCAACAGUGCCACGAAGCGGCUUAAGAGAAGAUGGCAUAAGGUAGGCCAUAUUGGACAGAGUUAUGACCCUUGCACCGCAGAAUACGCCACAGCUUACUUCAAUUUACCGGAGGUUCAAAACGCUCUUCAUGCUUAUCACUUUAACUCAUCAGGAACCUGGGAACCCUGCAGUAUGGAUAUAUAUAAUUCCUGGAAAGAUUCUCCUAUAUCCGUGCUCGAUGUGUAUCAAGAACUUAUCAGUUCAGGACUUCGUAUUUGGAUAUUCAGUGGUGAUACGGAUGGGGUGCUUCCAGUUACCUGUGCACGUCAAAGUAUAAACGCUCUCAAACUUACCACAGUCGGCCCAUGGCGUCCCUGGUAUGAAGGUGACCAGGUGGGAGGAUGGACACAAGAGUAUGAAGGGUUGACUUUUGUAGCAGUCAAAGGAGCGGGGCACGAGGUUCCUUUGCAUAAACCGAAGGAAGCGCUCACCCUCCUUAAGUCUUUCUUAACAGGAACCUCAAUGGCGCCAAUUGAGCAAGUGAUUGAGUCUAAAACCGACGCUGCUUCACAAUAAGUCAACAACUUCUAGUAGUUCAAGCAUGGCGGUCUUACGCUACUCUUGACAUGUAUUAAUCAUAAAUAAAAGCAUUUUGAUUUUGGAAGAUCAUUAGGUGUCGUUUUCUGGCAAAACUAUAGCUGAAAUUCGUAUGAAUGAUGUUUGCCAGGAAUUUGAUAUUGUAAUGGUUUUUCAUCUACUUGUUAAGGCCAAAUUAUAAAUAAUCUCUAAAGAAUAAUGUUAUUAGCUUGUUAAAUAACUAGUAAGUAUUCUAAUU